CCGCCGGGACGUCGGCGGACUGCGUGCCUGCGCUGAGGAGAGCUGCAUGUCCGCUGUGUCCGCUCCGGUCGCCCGGUCAGGAAUGCGCCUCACGAACACGCUGUGGGGGGGUAAUAUUGACCAAACUGCCGGCGAGGACCGUGGUGUCAAAAGAGUCAUGGUUAGGGCAUCGCUCGACCCAGUUAGUACCCCGAUUCAUUGAAGCUCGCCGUCGUUAGCACGCUGCGUUGAUUCAUAGCGAGCUAAGUGGCUAACUAGCGAGGGAGCUAAGUCGAAGUGUGCGGACCCAGACCGACCAGAACCAGCAGGACCAGCAGAACCCACCCCACCACUGCUGCUGGGGAGGGGGAGGCGGGGGACCGGGAGACAGCGGCGGGGUGGGAGUGAUCAGGAGCGGCUGAUGAGUUCAGACCAGAGCGGAGAGCCGCCGCUGCUGCAGGAGGAGGCUGAUCCCGGACCCAGCACCGGCGGGGAGGACGCGGCUCCGCCCGGGGGCGAGGGGGGGCCCGGCGGCAUGGUCACGUCAAAAGGUGCUGGUUUGAACCCAAAUGCCAAGGUGUGGCAGGAGAUGCCUGUGGCCUCCAGUGAGGCCGUUACCGGCAGCUCUCAUUGGCCUACCUCGGAAGAUAAUGAGGAUUAUUCUGAGUCUUCAACUGCUGGGUGCAAGCAGUACACUGUGGGAUUCACAGCCCUGGAUGACAGCAGCUCCACAGCAACAGCUGAGAUAGCAGUAAAUGGAAUGGACCCUCAAGAGUUGGGCUUUUCCCCCGCUGAGUCCACAACAGGGACCUCAGAUUGUAAAACUGAAGAACAGCCAGUCUCCUCUGAGAAUCUACGGGAGUCUCUUAAGAAAGAGCUGGAGUUUUAUUUCUCUAGAGAGAAUCUGUCCAAGGACUUGUACCUGAUGUCGCAGAUGGACAGCGAUCAGUUUGUCCCCAUUUGGACCAUAGCCAGCAUGGAGGGCAUCAAGGUCCUCACCACAGACAUGGACCUCAUCCUGGAUGUGUUGAGAUCCUCUCCUAUGGUACAAGUUGAUGAAAAAGGGGAGAAGGUGCGUCCUAAUCACAAGCGGUGCAUUAUCAUCUUGAGAGAAGUCCCUGAAACCACACCUGUCGAGGAAGUGGAGUCAUUGUUUAAAAAUGACAAUUGUCCGAAGGUAAUAAGUGUCGAGUUUGCGCACAACAACAACUGGUACAUCACAUUCCAGUCAGACACGGAUGCUCAACAGGCAUACAAGUACUUGAGGGAGGAAGUAAAAACAUUUCAGGGAAAACCCAUCAUGGCCAGAAUAAAGGCCAUCAACACGUUUUUUGCAAAGAAUGGCUACCGUAGCAUGGACAGUAGCCUGUACGCUCAACAGUCCCAGAACCAGUCCCAGUACAGUUCCCAUCUGUACAUGCAGCAUGUCUACCCCCAGCAGCAGUACCCCGUCUAUGGGAUUGUACCUCCCACUUGGACACCUUCGCCCACACCGUACUUUGAAACUCCUCUGGCACCAUUUCCCAAUAGCAGCUUUGUGAAUGGAUUUGGCUCUGCUGGACACUAUAAAACAGGCUCCGGUGCUCUCAAUAUCACUCGUCCUUUCAACAGAAGCCGUGUCCCUCUUUAUUCAAGAAAGAAUGUAAUAAAUGCCUUCAGAAAUCAUAUAAAGCCCCAGGUGAGGGCAAGCGAGGUGUCCCCAGCAUCUAUAACGCCUGUCCCGUUGGAGAGCCUGACUGGACUGCGCAGCCCGCAGCCUCCACUUCCUGUUGCUGCUGCCACCUCUGCUAACCCGGUCCAUGCAACCACCGACCUGAACUUGGCGUUCUCACACCUCUCUUCCUCUUUGGAACCCAGCGACGACGGCAGCAUGGCUGGGCGUGGAAGACGGAGCACAGCCUACAGAGGAACACGACGGAGGCGAGACGAAGAUCGGAUCACGAGACCUGUACCCUUAACUGAGGUGAAGGUUCCUCCACCUAAGUUUGACUUGGCUGCUACGAAUUUCCCACCUCUUCCUGGCUGUGUGGUCAGCACACAGGGAGAGCCAGUGCUAGAAAACCGAAUGUCAGACGUCGUACGUGGUUUGAACAGGGACAAGGCCGAGCAAACCAAUAAAGAAACCACUAUGAGUUCAGCUUCAGCCCAUGUCGCGUCCACAGAGGAACCUGUGGCUGUGUCAGGCCCUGUUCAAGCCGCCCCAAAGUCCACCCCUCAACCACUUGUCCCCCCGACUCCCAGUGUCAGUGCUCAGGAGAAGAGAGCUGAGCGGGCAGAGCGGGCAGAGCCCCCUGCUCCAAAAGCAACUCCACGCACACCUGUUCAAACUACCUUCAACUCAUCCGCUCCCACACAAUCUGUUCUGAGCCCAAGGCCUCAGCCUUCUGCUGCCUCCACACCAGCGACACCCAGUGCUGCGCCGGCCCCUGCUAAAGCCACUGUCACCACCCCUGCACAGGAGCCCCGUAAGCUCAGCUAUGCUGAAGUGUGUCAACGGCCACCCAAGGACCCUCCCCCUGCGGCCCCUGCAGCCCCUGCUCCAGCAUCCUCCGGCGCGGCGUCAGGCCAGCCGUUGCGCGAGCUGCGUGUUAACAAGGCUGAGGAGCUGGGCUCCAGCAAUAGCUCUGGAGACAAACAAGAGAAAGGCCACGACAGGGAGGGGGGAUGGGAAUGCAAGGAGAGCCGACCGCCGCGUGAACGUGACUCUCAAGGUUACCACCGCAGCAACGGCCCCAGAGGCACGGGGGGCCUCAAGUUCCGUGACCAACGCCGCCCACCCCCAGCCCGACGCACUUCCCCGCAGGGAGGCUACAGGCACACUGGGAAAGAGCAGAACAUCCCACCAGUAUCGCCAAAGUAAAAACUUAAAAUGAAUAUAAAAAAAGAUGUAUGAAUAUAUACAUGGAUAUAUAUAAAUAUAUGAAAAUGAAUAACAUAAGAGCAACAACAUUUUGGUAGCCACCUUCCCCGCUGGAACAUGUCCAAAGAAAAGCUUUUAAAAUGACUUUGACAUCCAGGACUUGAGAGCAAAAUGACAUCUGAAGAACUUUGAUGAGUGAUUUGAAAAGCAACAAAAAUCUUGUCUUGGCCUCCAGCAUUAUGCUUAAAAGAAUUUAAGUGCAAUUUAGCUGGGGGUUGUUCAUUUAUGCUCUGCUAAGGAAAGGUGGGAUGCUGGGCCACAUAAAAGGCCCUCUACCUUUUUCUUUUUUUUAAAGAAUAGUUGUUGGUCUGCAAGAACAAUAUGCACUAAGACAAAAAAAGAAAACAUGCAUAUAUGUCAUGUACAUAUACAGAGAUAUCAAUAACGCAACAAGACAUCAAUUUUUUUUUUCUUGUGUGCUUGGUUUGCAAGUAUGACUGAAGGGUUGACUGAUGUCUUUGUAUGCAUUGAUUGUUAAGCAAAAUGAUUGAAGUGCUUCAGUGUGCUGUUGCACUGAUGUAAUGAAAUGGAUGACUUGAUUUUUACAGCAGAGAUUUUCAAUCAUUGUCCUGAAACUGGACAGUGUGGUCUUCUAAUGUAUAUUAAUGAAAAGGUUCUAUGGUGGUGUUUUGAUCCUGGUUCAUGAUUGGGUUAAAUGUUAUCAGUCUGAAAGUAACUGACUGCACCACAGUCUUCUGUGUGGGUCUCGUUUGAAGCCGGAUUACUCUGAGGCUCACUGGCCUGUUAGCCACAGUGAACCUGCUAGCCUGGUCCAAAGUUUUUCAUGUUAAGUUUUCUUUUUAUCUGAACUGUUUUGGGUUUACCCACUGGAUGGAUUCAGAACUUUGUCAAUGUUGAUAUUCAGUCAGGUUCUCUGUUUACAUGUUUUGUUUGGGUAGUAGGGUGACAUUUUAAUGGAAAAAAGAAGACUAGGUUGAUGCUAAGAUUUGACUGUUCGGUGUGCCUGGUGGUUCAGGUAAUUUUUUUCUUUUUCUUUUUUUUCUUUUCUACAUCACAGGAUAUCCAGGUUAAGCUUAUAUAUCUGUGAAUUGUUCAUAGCAGUGGCAUAAUGUCAGUUAGACUGAAGAGUGUUAGUUAAGAUUGAUAGCUACAUAAUAUCUAGCAGCCAAGUUGUGGCUAUAAAGAGAAUUGGAACAUUUUCUCAUGCUACAAUAUGUGCCAGCUGCCUACAAUCAUAGUGCUAGAAUAACAUUUUGAUUUUUAUUUGAUGAGGUCUGAUAAAUAAUUGUCUUUGGGAAACCUUUGACUCAUUGAAACUGGAUUUUGAGAAGCUGUAGAGGUGUAGUUGCCUAUGCUAUAUUGUAAUAACCCUUCACUAGAUAUGUGUGGGAGAAUGUAACUAUAAUAGUACUGAAUUUACAGAGGGAGCUUUUGACAGCAGGUAUUCAUCAGAUUGUUUCUGUGCUUUAGAAUGGGUUUUCUGGUUUGUUUGCCCCCCCCCCUUUUUUUCAUUUUUGAAAAAUAAACAGGUUGACUUAGAAUUUGAAGUUUGACUCACUGUAUGUAUUGCUUUUUAAAAUGUAUUUAUUUUAAUUUUCAUGCACAACGCUUUUCUCCCAAUCUUGGUAGGCUGGUUUCCCCAAAGUUGUGUGAAAUUGCAUUGGCAAAAUAAAAUCACGCAUAUGAAAAUUAUAUACUGAUUGAAAUUUCAGCUGAGAAAAUACUUGAGGCAUUGACUUUGGAUUUUAAUGAUGCAGUAAACAAGUAUCCAAUCACUGGGGGCCGUUUAUUUUUAUUUUUUAUUUUUUUUCUGUCCCUCCAUUAACGAUUACGAGCAGCUAGUGAUUUAGUAUGAUUAAAUAAAUGCACUAACUUUUUUUUUUUUUUUUUUUAAAGAAUUGUACUCUUGAGCAAUGUGAAAUCAAUUCUGGAGCAUAUGGGUGAUGUUGACAGGCUUGCAAAUAUCUACAGGAAUUCCCCCCGCAACAUGUUUGGAUUAUUUUCUGUUAAAUUGAGUUGGGUGGCAACGGGAAGUGUAGUUAAUGGGUCAACCAAGUGUUUGAGACACAAUCCUAGAACUGUAUGAAAUGUCACCAAAAAUAAAUUAUUUUGAUUUGGCU